GCGCAGUCGGAAGCCCGGCGCGGACGGCGGGGUCGGCGGGGAGGCGGUACCCUCUCUCACCCGCGGCGCGGACCCGGCUCUCGCCAGCCGCCGGGGUCGGGCCGCCCGGGCAGGGAUGGCGGCGGCGGCCGAGCCCCGGGCCCGUGCCUGGCUCGGCAGUAGCUCGCCGCGCCCGGGCAGCCCGGCCUCCAGCCCCGAGCUAGGCGGCAGAGGCCGCGCGCGCCCGGGACCUGGGCCGGGGCCAGGGUCGGGGUCUGGCCCGGAGCGGGCGGGCGCCAGGACCCCAGGCCCCGCCGCGUCUGGCCACAGCUUCCGGAAGGUGACGCUCACUAAGCCCACCUUCUGCCACCUCUGCUCCGACUUCAUCUGGGGGUUGGCCGGCUUCCUCUGCGACGUCUGCAACUUCAUGUCCCACGAGAAGUGCCUGAAGCACGUGAAGACACCCUGUACGGGUGUGGCGCCCAGCCUGGUCCGAGUCCCUGUGGCCCACUGCUUUGGCCCUCGGGGCUUCUACAAGCGCAAGUUCUGCGCCGUGUGCCGCAAGGCCCUGGAGGCCCCUGCGCUCCGCUGUGAAGUGUGUGAGCUGCACGUUCACCCCGACUGUGUGCCCUUCGCCUGCAGCGACUGCCGCCAGUGCCACUGGGAUGGGCACCGGGACCACGACGCGCAUCACCACCACUGGCGGGAGGGGAACCUGCCCUCUGGUGCACGCUGCGAGGUCUGCAGGAAGACAUGCGGCUCCUCGGAUGUGCUGGCGGGCGUGCGCUGCGAGUGGUGCGGCGUGCAGGCCCACUCAGUCUGCUCUGCGGCGCUUGCCCCAGAGUGCACAUUUGGGCGCUUGCGCACCAUGGUCCUCCCGCCGGUGUGCGUGCGCCUGCUGUCCCGAAACUUCAGUAAGAUGCACUGUUUCCGCAUCUCUGAGAGCGCGGCCCCAGAGCAGGGUGAGGGGGACGAUGGUGCAGACGGAAGCGCCCCCGCUGGGCUGGGCAGAGAGGUGCUGGCCCCGGACUCCAGCAAACAGACCCUGAAGAUCUUUGAUGGCAACGAUGCUCUGCAGAGAAACCACUUUCGUGUUAUCACUGUCCCCCGCCAGGCCAGGAGUCAGGAGAUGCUAGAGGCAGCGCUUCGGGCUUACUAUGUCACAGAGGACCCUUGCGAUUUCGAGUUGCAGGCCCUCCCCCCAUCUGUCCACACCAUGGACAUGGGGACCCGGGGCAGGACCCGGGCCGGAGGGAGUGCAGAGGAGGAGGGCAGCAGAGGCCCGGGAUCCCGAGAGGCUGCCCCCGAGGCCUGGAUCCUCCGUGCUCUGCCCCACACCCAGGAAGACCUGAAGAUCUACCCUGCCUGGCUCAAGGUGGGUGUGGCCUACGUGUCCAUCCGUGUGACCCCAGGGAGCACAGCCCGGACCGUGGUGCUGGAGGCUCUCCUGCUGCUCGGCCGUCAGGCUGAGGGUCCGGAGAGCUUCCACCUGGAGGAGGUGCUCAUGGGCAGCAGGCAAGUCCAGCGGACGGUGCUGGAGGAUGAGGAGCCCUUGCUCACCCGGCUUCGUGACAUCCGGCAGACAUCCCUGCGACAGAUGACCCAGACGCGGUUCUAUGUGGCUGAGAGCAGAGCUGUGGCCCCCCGUGUCUCCCUGUAUGUUGCUGGCCUGCCUUUCGGGCUGUCUGCCCAGGAGUAUGGCAGCCUGCUGGAUGAGGCUGUGGCCACCAAAGCUGGCCUGGUGUCCGUGAGCCACGUCUACUCCUCCCAAGGUGCCGUGGUGCUGGACGUGGCCUGCUUCGCGGAGGCCGAGCGGCUCUACAUGCUGAUCAAGGACACAGCUGUGCACGGCCGGCCACUCACCGCCCUGGUGCUCCCAGACGUGCUGCACAUGAAGUUGCCCCCAGACUCCUGCCCCCUCCUCGUGUUUGUGAACCCCAAGAGUGGAGGCCUCAAGGGCCGUGACCUGCUCUGUAGUUUCCGGAAGCUGCUGAACCCUCACCAGGUCUUUGAACUGACCAACGGGGGGCCUCUUCCUGGGUUCCACGUGUUCUCUCAGGUGCCCUGUUUCCGGGUGCUGGUGUGUGGUGGGGACGGCACUGUGGGCUGGGUGCUCGCCGCCCUGGAGGAGAUGCGGCACCGUCUGGCGUGCCCGGAGCCUUCCGUGGCCAUCCUGCCGCUGGGCACAGGGAAUGACCUCGGCCGGGUCCUCCGCUGGGGGGCGGGCUAUAGUGGGGAGGACCCAUUCUCCGUGCUGGUGUCGGUGGAUGAGGCUGACGCGGUGCUCAUGGACCGCUGGACCAUUCUGCUGGACGCUCACGAGGCUGGUGCUGCAGAAGACAGCGUGGCGGACGUUGAGCCCCCCAAGAUUGUGCAGAUGAGUAACUACUGCGGGAUAGGCAUUGAUGCAGAGCUGAGCCUGGACUUCCACCAGGCACGGGAAGAGGAGCCUGGCAAGUUCACAAGCAGGUUCCACAAUAAAGGCGUGUAUGUGCGGGUUGGGCUGCAGAAGAUCAGCCACUCCCGUGGCUUACACAAGGAGAUCCGGCUGCAGGUGGAGCAGCAGGAAGUGGAGUUGCCAAGCAUCGAGGGUCUCAUCUUCAUCAACAUCCCCAGCUGGGGCUCGGGGGCCGAUCUGUGGGGCUCCGACAGUGACUCAAGGUUCGAGAAGCCACGCAUGGAUGACGGGCUGCUAGAGGUGGUGGGGGUGACAGGCGUCAUGCAUAUGGGCCAGGUCCAGGGCGGGCUGCGCUCCGGCAUCCGCAUCGCCCAGGGCUCCUACUUCCGCGUCACCCUUCUGAAGGCCACGCCUGUGCAGGUGGAUGGUGAGCCCUGGGUCCAGGCUCCUGGGCACAUGAUCAUCUCGGCUGCGGGCCCCAAGGUCCACAUGCUCAGGAAAACCAAGCAGAAGCCCAGGAAGGCGGGAACCCCCAAGGAUGCCCGAGCAGACGGGGUGCCCAUCCCUGAAGGGGACUCCAAGUAGAGGGACCCUGCAGCAGCUCGCCUGUCCAGCAGCAGCGGGCGCCAGCCAGUGGUGGAUGGACUUGCCUAUGGCUUUGACUGGGGGCAUCUCCUCCUCACCCCUAUGCACGUGGAAGCUGCGUGGGGUAGCAGCUGUUUCCCCCUGGCCUCCGAUCCAGUGACAGGCUGGGUGCAGGGCUUUGGCUGGCCAGUCGUCCCGCCCAUGGGGUCCAGGCUACCAUCCUGGGUAGAAGGCAUUUCUCAUUUUGUGUCCCCCCACCAUCUGUGAGCCCACCGAGCUGGGCAGCACCGAAUCUUAGGCCAUCCCCCCGGAAGCUCCUAACAGAGUGGGAAUGCCCCAACCACCAGGGCCUGUGGCCUACCUUCCCACUGAGGGCUGGGUGGGGACACCUGCCACUUGUCUUGGGGAAGGUGCCUUCUCUCCCAGCCCUGCCACUGUGGAGGAGCUGCUUGGGCUGCACGUGGGGGGCGGAGGGCCCUAAGGCCAGGUGGGCUUGGCUGACAUCCUGGAGAUGCAGCAGGAGGGAAGCUAGGCCCUCAUGGGCUGGGGCAGAGUAUGCAGAAGGGACCAAAAGCAAACUGGCGGGGAGGCUCAGAGGAAGUUUACAAAGUGUGACAUUGGGGAGGAGCCAGCUUUAAUUACCUGUUUGUCAACGAUCAACAUGCCUUUCCCAGUGCCCGUCCAGCUGACCAGGUGCCUGGGCCUCCCCUACCCUGGGUUCAGACAUGCCCCAGGAUCAGUCUGGGGAGGCUCCAGGGGCCCCAAAGAAAGGCCCAGGAAUCCUGUUUCUCCACUCAUCCUGGCUGUUUGCUGCCAGUGCCAUGUGACCGAGCUCUGCCCCACCAGCCCCAUGUCCCCUGAGCUUCUGCCAAAUCCACACAAAUGCACUGUAGUGGUCAUUUGUGGUGGGACAUCCCUAUCACGUGCCUCCAGCACACACACGUGUGUCUGCCUUGACGUCCCUGGUGGCAUCACUUGUGUCCGCUUUGCAGGCCUUGGCUCUCGUUCUGGUCUGUAGUUGUCUGUCCUUUGUAUUUAAGUGCGUCUGUGCGCCCAGAGGGGUGGUGUGGGCUUGCACCCAGGCCCUUGUGUACCUUGUCACUACCUGAAUGUAAGCAUAAUUUAUAUCCAGGACAAUACAUUAUGGCCAUUGCUGUG